AGUCAACCUCAAUUGAAUGAAACACGUCAGAACCAGACUGAUUCAUCACUCGAACUCUCAGCAUACUGGGCAAUUUCGAUCGAAUGUACCAGGUCAGAGUCAAGCAGAUCUAACGAACUCAGUGCAGAGUGACAGCUUGGUGUAUCCUCAACCAACAAGCCAACCUCAAUUGAAUCACGGAUACUCAUCUCAAGAUUCACAACAAAAAAGAACUCGACGUCCCAAAGCAGCUAAUGAGGAAGAAAAACGAGAGAGAAGAAUAGAAUCAUGUCGGAAAUAUAGGGAGAAAACAAAGCAACACAAGAUAGAAACUUAUGCUGAGAAUGAAAACUUGAAAAGGAAAAAUGUCAUUUUGGCUGCCGAGAAGCAAUCGUUAUCUGACGUAAUCAAUAAGAUGCAACCAAAUGCGCAAAUCCCAGGACAAAUGGGACAAUUAGAUGCCCAACAAAUUCACCAUCCAAGUUUUUCGGCCCCUGCAGCAGGCUUCCCAAGAAGCCACCAUGGAGAAGACUCAGAAGAGUUUGAUCAGGACCCUGAGAUAAGUGCGUUACGAAUGCAAAGGGACUGUUUGGUUGACGAGGUACAACUUCUACAAGGGUCAACCAGUUGCCAGCAAUCGAAUGAGCAGACUCCGUUAACUUUCCAGCAGCAUCUUCAUUCAGAUUGUUCAGCCCAGCAGCAGCUCAAUGGUUCGCGAUUCAGCAAUGACGUUCAGGAUCCACCGUGGACAUACUCAAGCAGUCAUGGAGGAGGCACUGCCAGCAGUUCAAAUCCUACAGAAAAACAAGACAAUUCUCGUGCUCUUAUGGCUAGAAUUCUCAAAAGAAUCGGCGAAAAGAGGAAGAGCAAAGUUACAUACUCAGACUUCCCAGGUUUAGACAUUGACGAGCGCGUAGCAGUUGGAGAAUAUAGUUUCCCAAAAUCUCUGAAAAGCACCGUCGAGAAUAUCACCAACAUGUAUGGUGAUGUUUCGAAGAACAGCACUAUGCCCCAAUGCGUGGACGAGACGAUAUAUAUUCUCUUUUGUGCGACAAUUAAGGAAAUGGAUGAUCUACAACUUCACAAAGUUACUGAGAAUUGUAUAUUUAAGUGGAGCGACACGAUCAAGGCAGCUUUAGGGAUAAAAUUCGAUGUGGGAUUUGCGAUGGAUCAUUUGAAGUACAAGAUUAUUCCCGCUUUUGUUGGCCAAAUUCAUUGCCAAUGGGUCGAUGAGAUGGAAGAAAAUAUAUCGAACUUAGAGGCUUCCUUGAAUGCUUUGAAACAAGACCAUGCUAAAGAGUGCGAACAGUCCAAGGUAUACAAGGAUGCUAUGGACAAGUUCAAUGGCAAGUCUGUCAGUUCAGGUCUGUUUAUGUAAUCCAAAUAGAUUGUAUAAGCAUAAUUUUUAGGAUAAAUUAUACUAACAGUCAAUUAACUUUGAGGUAGCUAACAAAA